UUGAAUUUGGUUGGGGAUUCGAGGUUAAGUUUAAAAUUAAAUUUAAAAAUAAUUGUUUAUUAAAUUAAUGUGUAAUUUUUUAAAAAUUCAAAUAUUUAAAUAAUGAGCAACAAAAAACAAAAAAAUUCAUCUGCUAAAAAGUCAAUGCGAAAUGUUUUAGCGCAACCAUAUGAAUUUAUUUGGCCGAUUUUAAAAGACACUGAUGAUAUUAAUGAAUUAAAUGACAUUUUGAAAGAAUUGUUACCCAAGAAAAAGACGGACAGGAAAUUGAGCUGGACGCAGUUACGUAAAUUGAGUAAAGAAGAACGCAAGGAAUUGAAAAAUAAAACUGGAGAUGAGCUGGAUGUCAAUGCUGAUAAAAUAAUUGUAGGAGUAAACGCAGUGACACGUGCAGUUGAAAAAAAAAAUAUUUCCUGCAUUCUCUUGGAGGCAGAUGUCGAUCCCAUGAUGAUGAUCAAACAUAUCGUGGUGAUGGGACAGAAUAAUGACAUUCCAGUUGUUUUGAUGCCUGGAUUAAAAAAAACAACUCUGGAAAAAAUAGGGUUUGCUGGUCUUGUACUAGGGCUCAAAAAGUCGGAAACGGAAGAAAAUUCACAUUUUUAUAACUUAUAUGAAAAAAUAUCAAAUUUAUCAAAAUCAUUCCCGAAGCCCAAAGAUCCUGAGGAAUUAUUCCAAGAAGAUUUACUGGAUCAGAACCAGCCGGACUCAGUAAUUCAAGACUUGUCAUCAGAACCAAAUGAUUCGAAUCAUAAAAAAAUAUCCAAGCCUUUCGUUCUGUCCUCUAGUGUCUACAAGUAUCGCGGGUCUGUCUCAGAAAGAGUUUUCAUUCCCCCAGAGUUUAAAGUUGAAGCUGAAGAUUUUAUUUCGCUCGCUGACAUCAGUGACCUGAAAGAUUCCAAGCUCCAGGUGUCAGGAAAUCGCUACAUGGACAUCGAUCAGAAUAAAAUUAAAGAAACAAAUCAAGAAGAAGAAGAAGAAGAAAAAGAAGAAGAACCGAUGGAUCAAGAAGAAAUAAAACCAAUAAAUAAAUUAAAUAAAAAACUAGAAUUAUCAAUUUACCAACCGCUCAAAGUAAAACAAAUUCAGAAGAAUCCAAAACGUUUGAAGGCUACGAAAAUUCCCAAGUCGAAGACGAAAGUUCCGAUUAAAAAAAAAAAUAAAUAGAUAAUUUAUUUAAAUUUAUUUAUUAGAUUUUAAUUGGAAGAUUCUAUAAAAUAUUUACAAUUUGGUGUUACACGUUAUCACAAGUACGCGAAAUAUCAAUUAAUUAAUUAAUUACUUAAAUGAACAUACGUAUGUAGCAGUCUUAUAUACAUUUAUUGAUAAUUGAUAUGGACAGGAUGUGAGGGAGAUGUAGAUGCCUCAGAUUGGCAGAGUCGGCUUGACAGAAGACUUGAACAUCCUGCCGAAGAACAUGAGUCCGGUAGUGCCCCCGGGAAUGUGACUCACGAGGAAUGACAAGAGCGCUAUUAUCUGGAGGACUGCGCACAAGACCGUCAGAGGUGUCGACUGAAGGUGCAGAGCGAAGUACAGAGUCCCUGAUAAUGUCAGCAAGUAGGACAAUGUGAAGCAACGCUUCUCUUUUGCGAACAGAGACUUAAAGUAGCUGAUGGGUCCCCAGAGGAAACAGAAACUGCAAAUAGAUUUUGGAGAGAGGUUCAAUUUAGUGGUUUAUUGAUUUCUUGAUAUUUUUAAAUUUUUGAAAUCAUUUUUUUUUAUUUCGUCUUAUGAUUGAAUUUGUUCCUUUAAGUUGAAAGUCGGAAGUU